CGUCCAGUCGACAACACCACUUUCCACUUAACAAAGACAUACGGAGUAUCUUCCAAAAUCUUCAAAAAUGGCCAACCUCUCAACUCUCCCCGACGAAAUCCUCCUCCAAAUCCUCACCUACCUAACCCCCGCACCCCUCACCCUCUCCUCAAAACCCCACGCCUACUGGCCCGCCUACCUCUCAAAACACCGCGAAUCCACCCUCCCCCAAACCAAAGACAUCGCUUCUCUCGCCCACACUUCUUCGCACCUAUACUCGAUCCUCUACGCCUCCCUCCAUUCAACCCUGCAUCUCAGUAACGCGUCCUCCCCCGCCAAACUUUGGGACAGCAUAACCCUCAACGGACGUCUCGGCCUCUCCAUCACCAGCGCCCACAUCUCUUCCAUCUCCCCCGAAAACUGCGUAUUCAUCUUCUUCUUGCCGAAUAUCCGAUCCAUCUACCUAAGCGGAUGGUCAGACUGGGAGACUUUUGAUCCAGAAGAUGAUUCGCUCAAUGGAGAUUCGCCGAUCACGCAUCUAUAUCUGAGUAACUGCGGCGCAUUCGAGGCGCCGUUGAAACAGGUUCUUAGCUGGCCGAGGGAAUUGAAGGAGCUUUGGUUUGAGGCGUCGCAAGGGGAGUGGGAGGGGCAUCUAGAGGGCGAGGAAGCGGUGGGUUUUACGUGCUCUGCUAUCUCGCGGGCAUUGGAGCCGCUUGCGGCGAGUUUGGAGAAAUUGGUGUUUACGAGGGUGGAUCCGGGGCAUGAGGGGUUGUUUAUCACUGAUGGGAUUGAUUUGCGGAAGUUUGAGAAGUUGAGGGAACUGAAGACUUUUGAGAUGUUGUUGGUCGGGUAUGAUUCGCAGCAUGGUAUGUGGAAGAACUUACCGAGCGGGUUGGAGAGCUUGGAGGUCUGGUAUGAUGAUCCGGGAUAUUCGGAAUUUUUGACUGGGGGGUUGCCGGAGUGGUUGCUGGGGAUUUUGAGGAGGAAGAAAGAGCGUUUUCCGAAGUUAGGGAGGGUAAGGGGUUGUGUCGCAAGAGUGGUGGGGUGAAGAACAGGAUGAGGAUAUAGGUCUCAGUACAGAUGGAAGCGAGAUACGACUCCCUAAGGACUUGAGACGUGCGUUCAAGGAUGCGAGAGUUAGUUAUAGCGUGCAUCUGAAUGAGGAGAGAUGGUUCAAGGAAGUUGUUGAAGGUGGUUCAACGUUCGAUGAGGAUUGGGAUGAAAAGGAAAUCGACAAUCCCUACCAUUCGGGCUAAGAGUACGGUAGCACAUUGUAUUGAAGGUUCAUCCAUUGUAUCAAUGCUCUAAUCUCUUCUCAC